CCUUAAUCCCAUUGAAAUCGUUAAAUCAUGUCGACGAGUCAAGCUGUGCAAAAGAAGUACGACGACCUAAAGAAGACAAUAAAGCAUCAUCAAAAGGUGCUGGACGAUCUGGUGAGCGUGAACUCCCUCUUCACCUUCGCGGUGUUCGUCGGGAUAUCCUUCGUGAGCGUCAACCCACAAAGCCUCGAGACGUGGACAUACUGCCAAGCCGACCGUCAUACGACGAUGACGCUGCUGGUCAACAAGGUCGUGUCCUUCGCAUGCUUCCUCCUCUCGAGCCUCGUCGCCACGGCCCUCAAGAUGCACCUCUCCAUGUACCUCGCGCUUGGCCCCUACUGCCUCAAGAGCUUCGAUUGGGUGGGGCCACUAAGAAGCAUGAUGAUCUUGUUGUCAACGUUGGGGUCGAUCCUUGGGUGCGUCUACUUGACGCUGUCGAUGGUCGACGUGGUCCGCGUGCUCCUCGGAAAACUCGGUUGCCAGGCGAGCGACACAAUUCAGGCCGCAGGGAGCUUGGUUGGCAUCGACGGCUUGGCCCUCGUCAUUUAUGUGCCCUCCAUGAUGCUUGCCGUUUAUCAAUCUUACGCCCAGCUCGAACUUAAAUCCUGAUUCGUUGCCAAUAUCAUCAUAUGCGGAUGCGAUGUGAUCAAUCCGUUACUAAUUACGGCGAUGCUUUUUUCUUUCUCUUAGUACUUGCCCCAUUAUGUACCGUCGGCCUAUAUAAAAUGGUUUAUUAAUGUGCGGGUGGAUUUGGCACAAAGCAAUAAAGUAUACAUUUAAAACUCC